GCUCAGCUCGAAAUGCCGACGGCUCAGUGCCUUUGGCCGGCACGAGGCCUAUGGCGACGGAGCUUGCGCAGGUAGAGGACCUUUGGUGCUCCUAUGGGCGCUAUGACGAAGCCCGCGCCGCGGCGGAGGAGGUGCUGCGCAGGGCGAAGGCACAGCAGGACACCCAGGUGACUGCUGAUGCGCUCCGGGCUCUGGUGCGCUGCGAGCUGGCGCGCGCCCGGGAUGCGCUCUACAAGGAUAGCAGCUACAGAAAAGUCAUCCUGGCGGAGGCCGAGAGGCUGUCCUCCGAGGAGCUGGCGGCCUGCCGCAGCCGCCACGACCCGCGCGGGGAGGCGGUGCUGCAACUCUGCUGCGCGGAGACUCUCUUCGAAAGCCGCAGGCUUCCGGAGACCCGGCGCGGCAACAAGAAGCGCCAGGAGGCGCGCGCCCUGCUAGAGAAGGCGCUGACUGUCUUCCAAGAGCUCAAAGAGCCAGCGCUGGAGGCUGAGACCCUGCUGGCGCUUUCCGCGGCGGCGUUGGCGCAGAACGAGCCGCAGCAGGCGCUGCAGCUGGCCGAGCGGGCGGAGGUGGAGCCCCCGCGCCAGCGGGCGCGGGCGCUGCACGCCUGCGCCUUGGCCAUUCAGACCGGGGGCGUGCAGAAGGAGCUCUUCGAGCGCGGCAUCAAAUGCACCCAGCAGGCGGCCAGCAUCUGGCGGCAGCUGCGGCUGCAGCGGCCGCUGGCGACGGAGUGUCUGCUGAUAGCCAAGUGGUACAUCCUCUUGGAUCGUCCGCGAGAUGCUUUGUCUCCUGCCAAGGAGAGUCUCCAGAUUUUCAAGGAGCUCCGGGAUGGCUCAGCGCAGGAGGCGCUGCAGACGUUGUGCCGGUGCCUGCUGGGCCUGGCAGAUGUGAAGGGCGCGCUGCGCGCCGCCCAGGAGGGCCUGGAGGCCCUGGAGGAGAACUCCAACCCCCGAAUCCAGGUCAUGGCGCUGGACACAGUGGUCAUGGUGCACCUGGAGCUGGACUCGAUGUACGAAUCCGGGAACUUGUCAGAGGCCUUCGAGUGCGCGCAGCGGGGCUUGAGCCUUUGCCGCCAGCUCCAGGACAAGCGGUGGGAGGCCUCAGUGCUGCACAACACCGCCCAGAUCUACGUGAGGCAGAAGCGGUUGGAUGAUGCGCUGCGCACGGUGACGGACAGCUCCACGAUGCUGGACGACAUCGGAGAGGCGGCGCAUCGCUGCACAGUGCUGCAGACGGCCAUCGAGAUUCUCAUGUACCAGGGGGACGCGCGGGCGGCGCUGGAGGUGGCGCAGGAGAUCCGGCGCCUGAGCAAAGACCUGGGGCGGAGGGGCAAGGAGGCCAACGCCAUGUUGAUGGAAGCCCAGAUCUACCAUUCCAUCAGCAACUUCGAGAGCGCCCUGCGCUUGGCGCAAGAAGCGCAGGCGGUAUUUCAGCAGCUCGGGGACAAGAAGGGCGAGGGGAUGAGCUGGAGCGUGGUGGGGGAGAUCCGCAAGAGCCAGGGCGACCGGGAUGAGGCGCUGAGGGCCUGCCGCAGCACCCAGACGCUCUACCAGCAGGCCGGCGACAAGCGCUCCCAGGCCUAUGCCAUGAAGACGAGCACGGCCCUCUUCGUCGCCAACUCCAGCGAGAUGGAGGCGGUGAAGAGCGCCAACGAGGCGCUGGCGCUGGCCCGCGCGGCGGGGGACAUCAAGGCGGAGGUGGAGAUGUUGAACCUCGUAGCGCAGGCCACCUUGAACUCCAUCAUCAAGCGCUCCCAGGAGAUGAGGGAUGAGGACGCCAUUCUGUACAUCACCGAGCAUGAGGCCAAGGCGGUGCGCCCUGCCCGGGAGGCCGCGGCGCUGGCGCGGAAGAUGGGGGACAAGCAGAUGACGGGCAUCGCCACGUACUCGGUGGCCCAGUGCCAUGCCGUGGCCGGGCGUAGUAGCGCGUCGGUGCAGGCCGCGACAGAGGCCAGAGACCUCUUCAAGCAGACAUGGGAUAGGCAGGGCGAAGCCAUGGCCAUCCUGAUGCUGGGGGAGAGCCUUGUCCUGGACGGGGACACCGACCGUGGCCGCUUCCAGGCCGAGGAAGCCCACGACCUCUUCAAGUCCCUUGGGGACCAGGAGGGCAUGGAGAAGGCGGAGAUCACGAUCCGCCAGAUCCAGGAGAUCAGUGGCGCGCCGGCGCAGCCGCAGCCUUCGCAGAAGCGGGCGCCCGCGGCGGAGGAGGUGUCGCUGGCUGUUGUGGAGAAGAGAAUGACCAUGGAUCAGGCGGUGGAGAUGGUGAGGAACGUGGCGCUCGAGGCCCUGGGAGAGGUUGACCAGAUCCACUUGGACGAAGGCCUCAUGGACAUGGGUCUCGAUAGCCUCGGCGCGAUCUCCUUCAGGGAGACCCUGACGCGACAGUGCAAGAUCAAUAUGCCCCAGACGCUGACCUUUGACUACCCCACGCUGCGGCAGGUGGCAGACUUCAUGGUGAACAUCUAAAGCUCUAGGACUGAGAUGGCGAUGGAUGGUUUUUACGGUCAGCCGGGGCUGAUUCCGUGGGGUCCAAGAAGCUGGGUGACUUCCGAAGGACCGUCUUCCGACCUCAUUUGCCCCUCUCAGCCCAGAGCGGGUCAAGCGGAAAGAGAG